AUGAUUGACGAUCAUCCCGUACAUUCAAACCACUACACCAAGCAAUCCCUCAUCCACGAAACAGCCGAGCCGGGCAGAGCCGAGGACGAGUCGAACGAAGCCCUAUGGUCCUCUCCCUCUCCUCUCUGCGGAAACGGCAGCCGGCAGAUGAGCACCAUUGUGGUCGGUGCUUCUAAACAUGAGAUCGAGACACGAAGCACCGCUGCUGCCGCUGCCGCUGCCGACGCCCUCCUAAUGACUCUCUUAUCUCAUUAA